AUGGAGGAACCCACAACGCUACCGAAUAUACAUAAUCGGAAAGAAUUUGAGGAGCUUUUGAAGGAUGCAGGAGCCAAACUUCUUGUCGUUGACUUUUCAGCAAAAUGGUGUGGGCCUUGCAAAAUGAUCCGUACUUUUGUUCAUGAGUUGGCUGUUCGAUAUGAAAAUGUACUAUUCUGCAUUGUUGAUGUGGACUUGGCAGAGGAUGUGGCUGACCUUUGCAGUAUUGUUGCCAUGCCAACAUUCCAAUUCUACAUGAACGGAGAAAAGAUUUUUGAAAUAACUGGAGCGCAUGCAAAGAAACUGGAAGAGAAGAUUAAAGAGCUGAUGUAA